AUGUUCCGACUACAACUACCGUAUGACAACAAUGGCCACUACCGCAUCAUCAUCAAACAGAAGAAGAAGGAGAAGGGGGACAAGGACGAGGACGUUCUCAAUAGCGAGCAUGACUGCAUGCAUGAGAAGUUAAAGAGUGUUGUGGACACAUUUCUGCCUCCGGAGUAUGGCAUCUGCAUCCCCAGCAUGGAACUCUACGUGGAAAAGUCAACCCCAACACCUGAAGCAGCAGCACUCACAGCAUCCAUACCCAAAGCAGCCCAAAAGGCAGCAGCACCACAUGUCGCAGCACUUACCACAGUGCAGUAUUCAUCGCAGACAACACCAUCAACAACACCCGUAGCAGCAGCAGAAGCAGCCACCACACAGGAAGAAGAAGAUGCAGCUGCAGACGCAGCAACAACACCCUCACUAAAAGUAUACAUCAAUGCACUACAGAUGGCGCAAUGCGCGGCAGGUGUGAGGGCAUCGAAGGGGACACCCCGAGAAGCAUCAGCAACAAAAACAUUCGCCUCAGCACUAUCCUGGGCGGCAGCAACAGCCACAACCGCCACACCCUCAGCAGUAGAAGCAGCAACAGCUGCACUCGUCGCCGUAGUAACAGGAGUAACUUCAGUGCAGUCAUCUUCACCACCACCUUCACCAUCACCGAUGGACACCUCAGAUGCUGCAGCAUCCACGCCAAAACCAGUUGCAGUCACCACAGCACCCUCAUCAACAGCACCCACACCAAAACCAGUGGCAGCAGCAAUGGUAGCAGCAGUGGCACCAGCAGUGGCAGACACCACCCCCACAGCCAUAGAAGCACCAGUGGCAACACCCUCACCAACAGAACUCUUCGAUGCGCUCCACGCAACAGCAGAAGCAGCCGCGGCAGCAACGACGCCCUCACCAGCAGCAGCAGCACCAGAAAUCAUCUCAGCACUAUACAGAGCGGCAGUAGCAGCUGCAGCAGCAACACCUUCACCAACAGCAGCAGCCACAGAAGCACUCGUUGCAACAUUGAGCAGGCUACCUGUGUGA